AUAAGUAUUCAUAAAUAGAGCUAUGUAAAGAUCUGAUUGCAACGUUUCUGCGUGUACUGAAGGGGGCAGCAAUACGCCAUAGUUUGGUUCAUCCCGCCUGACCUAUGAGGAAGAAGUAAACAAAAGCGUUUAUCCUGAAACUUUUGGAGUCUCGCACAAGACUUAUGUCUUAUGUCUGCUUUAUUAAAGGUUAUGCUGAUACGAGUAGCUCUGUUCAGGUAUCUGUGUGCUCUGCGGCCAACAGCUUGGCUAACAAUCUGCUUUGUUAGUUGAAGUUUAUGCGAAGUUGCCAGUUCACAGUUAAGCGCCUUUUAACGUCGGGUUUUUUAAUGUUUAAAAGUAGUGACUAUGGGGAUUUCAGUUUCCUGCACCUCUAAGGAAACAACCCUCAUUGAUAAAGAGGACAGCUUGGCUUCUCCUGUGGAAGAUGGAAUGACAGAGAAUGGCAGUGUGGCUGACGUCUCCCAGUUUCCUUACGUGGAAUUCACAGGAAGAGACAGUGUGACGUGUCCAACAUGUCAGGGCACCGGGAGAAUCCCCAGAGGACAGGAGAAUCAACUUGUUGCAUUGAUUCCAUACAGUGACCAAAGACUGCGGCCAAGAAGGACGAAGUUGUAUGUAAGCGCAUCAGUGGUGCUCUGCCUGUUGCUGUCCAGUCUGGCUGUUUUCUUCCUCUUCCCUCGCUCCAUUGAUGUAUCCAAUGUGGGAGUCAAGUCUGUUUAUGUCAGCUAUGACCUGGAUCAGCACAUUGUCUAUCUCAACAUCACGAACACUCUGAACAUCACCAACAAUAAUUAUUAUUCAGUGGAAGUGGCCAACAUCACAGCACAGGUGCAGUUUGCCAGGACGGUUAUUGGUAACUCUCGCAUCAGUAACGUCAUCACUAUAAAUCCUCUCAACAUGAAACAGAUUGAUUAUAUGGUCCCCACUGUCAUUGGAGAUGAGUUAAACUACAUGUAUGAAUACUGCACCCUGGAAACCAUCAAGGUACACAACAUAGUUGUCAUGACUCACGUGACCAUCACUGCAACAUACUUUGGCCACUCAGAGCAGAUUUCUGAGGAGAUGUAUCAGUACGUGGACUGUGGGGGGAACACCACCGCCAUCAGAGGGAUAACCAGACCGAUUGGCAACCCUGCUGAGUAAUGGCUCUCAUUCAGGCUAGCACCAUCAUGGUUUAGGUUUUGAUUUUGUAAAUGUUCAAAAGUUGCUGUAUUCAAUCACUAAAGUGUAAAAUUAAUGACAAAUAAAUAUUUGUAAGUGAAGAGAAAGUUUAAUUGUAAUAUGAAAAACUGUUUCUAGCUUAUAUAAAAGAAUUAUGAACAAUUACUAAAAUCAACCUUACUAAUAAUAUUUGUUUUCUUAUAAGUAAACCUUUUUAAAUGGGAAGAUGGAGAACAUCACCCAGUUAAAUUGGCUCCCUGAAGCUAAGAGAAUAGACUUGAACUACUGUUGUUGGUUUAUAUAUCACUGAACUGCUUUCCACCAAAAUAUAUUACAAUGUGCUCUACAAAUAAUAAAUCAAGUUUAUCUGUACAGCACAUUUCAGCAACAAGGCAGUUCAAAGUGAUUUACAUCAUAAAAAUACAGUCAUAAAAAAACACUGUAUAGUCAACAAUUGAGAAAACCAGUAACAAACAUGCCAUUUUGAUGAGUGCAAUGUUUAAUUUAGUAUGGUUCAAAAGAACCAUUAAUAAGUUGCUUUAAUAAGUUAUCCUUGAGUCUGCUGUAGAUCUCAUCUCCAGGUCCAGCUUCCAGUAUUGGUCCACUGAUAAGCACAUUUGCUUUCAGUUUUUCAAUUAUGAUAAUUCAUGUUUCUGAAUUUCUGAUUUCUGUUUGGCCAGAUCAUUAGCUCUGAUGUGUAUGAUUAGGUUCUGAGUGUUUGGAUGGCCAGUGGUUGAGUGUGGGAGUAUUUUUCUGUUCUUAGUCACUGUGUCAUGCAGAAAGGAGACUACCUUUGUUCUCUUUGCACUGCAGAAACAGUAGAUUCCAUUUGCAACCCCAUCAUUGUAAAUGGAUGGGGUAGCAUUUAACCCAUCCAGUAACUAUAAGAACUUAUAGUUACUGGAAGACAUUGCCCACAAUGCUUAGACCCACAGCUAUAGAGUCUUACAAACAAACCAAAGAAAUACAAAAAUACAAUACAUUUGUUUAUUCAGGAUGACAAUGCUGUUAAAUUUGUUUUAAUGGCUUCAGCAUAGAAAAGUUUCAAGAUUUUAAAUCAUUUAAAUUUAAGAUUUUAAGGAGCUGGAAAGUUUACUUUGUAAAAAUUCAAAGAACAAUCUUCAUUGUUUAUGUUACCACAGCUACAAUCUGAUGCUGUGAAUUUAAUCUGGGAGUUUGAGCUCUGUUUGUUCACAAAUACAGCUUAGUAAAUUACAAUUAUAACUGUUUUUAAUUUAUUUAAUAUAUCUAUGUUGAAAUGCCGUUAGUGGCGCUGAUGUUUGUAGCAGGAAGAGGGGUCCUUAAGUCAAAUUCUGCUCAAGGCCUCAUACAACCUUAGACCGGCCAUGUAAGAUGAGCUAAGUCCACUGAACUGGAUACAGAGGAACUAACGGGGAGAUUUAAUUUAUCUGGUAGAGAUAAAUGAUCUGUUUUAUCUGAUAGAGAGCUUUUCCAUUUCAUGUCUAUUGAAUUUUUAAUAAGCAUGUAAAUGCACAUGGCACACUUAAUUCUUUGUUCACAAAGAUGCAUCAUUCUCACGGGACGCUCACCGCUCACCUCUGAAAGUGCGAGUGUUUAUGUUUAAACGAGACUUUAUGAAAUCAUUCACUGUCAGAGAGCUCACAGACAUGAACAUCUAGCUUAAAAAGUUAAUUUAUAGUUUUAACACAUUUGACCCUGUCUGACCUGCUGUUAAUAAUGGAAUGUCCUGUGAAUUUAAAUUUUGUUGUUUUUAUGACAUGUGAACAUAACUCAUCAUUAUUCCCUUUUGUGUUUUAAGCUAUUUAAGGAAGUAUGUUAUGGAUUCCUUACUUUUUGCAUGAUUAUGAUGUAAUUUUAUCAUUUAUUUUAUAUUUUUGAAAUACUAAAACAGUGAUUGUCAUUCUUAAUCUCCUUACAUGCUGUUUUAAAUGAAACAGAUUUGCAGGUUCAUGUCUUGUUCAAUAUUUGUUUAAAAUGCUCUAAAUUCUCUCCAAAUUCUGCCAGGCGUCUUUAUUAAACACUGUUUUGGGUAAAUAAUCGAGCAAUUGUUUAAGUCAAGCAAAAACGUUUCUUUUAAUAAAUCUCCUAACCUGUUGUUUUUGACUAGUCCAGAUCUUGUUUGCACUACAUUACAUUUAGGUUUAAAGUAUUUAAUAAAAUUAUGAAACCUGCACACUUAUGUUGCAUUUAUUGUUUCUUUAUUUCAG